AUGGCACAGACAGAUAGAGAGGCAGUACUGUAAUGGCACAGACAGAUAGAGAGGCAGUACUGUAAUGGCACAGACAGAUAGAGAGGCAGUACUGUAAUGGCACAGACAGAUAGAGAGGCAGUACUGUAAUGGCACAGACAGAUAGAGAGGCAGUACUGUAAUGGCACAGACAGAUAGAGAGGCAGUACUGUAAUGGCACAGACAGAUAGAGAGGCAGUACUGUAAUGUCACAGACAGAUAGAUAGGCAGUACUGUAAUGUCACAGAAGCAAAGAGUCCUACCAUGUAUCUAUCAGCUAAUUGGCACAAUCCUGUUUAGGCCUAAUAUCCCAGAUUGUGCCUUUUAACAUGCUCUAAACCAAGUGUUAUUCACUCUUAAUGCAGUCUUAGAGACAGGCUCAUCUGUAACUGACAUUUUCAGCAAUAUUACAUUAUUUUCCAUUACUUUAAUUACAUAUAUAUAUAUAUAUAUAUAUAUAUAUAAAAAAAUGUUAUCAACUAAAUUCCAAGCCCAUAUUUCACUCAGGGCUCUAUUCAAUCCGUAUCACCGAAGUAUCGCGGAAGAUCCGUGUUAAAAUGUAAAGGUAAUUUCCGAUUGCUGCGUUUACCGGGAAUGCAGUCUCCUUGUUCAGCGCUAGGGAUUGAAUAGAACCCUCAUUGUUUUCUAUCCGCAGGCCUUAAACAACAACGUGUAUAGAAGCUCCUCUCCCUACGGCUCACUCAACAACAUCGUAGACGGCCUGAGUUCUCUGACCGACCACUUCUCUGACCUCUCCCUCUCCUCUGAGCCACGCAAACCCAGCAAGCGACCGCCCCCCAACUACCUGUGCCAUCUCUGCUUCAACAAAGGACACUACAUCAAAGACUGCCCACAGGUGAGCAGAGCAUGGCCCAUACACACACACACACGCGCACGCACACACACGCACACACACACACACACACACACACACACACACACACACACACACACACACACACACACACUGACCCCAGGUGAGCCAGGCCUGGCCCCCUCUGUAGCCAAGCAUCUUUCCGUCUCAUUUUGGCAGAACUACAGUCCGACGUAG